AUAAAACAAGUCCAGUUAGAGAUGAAGAUAACGAGUUAAACGAGGAUGAGUUAAUUUCGCAAUCCUUUGUUCCUUCUAUACUACCUGGGCAGAGAGAAGAUAGUGCGAUUAAUAGCACCCUUGGUCAAAUGUAG